AUGUACCCCCUCUCCGAGCCGUCUCGAUGUGAAAACACGGCAUCGGCUACUGCGAAGUAUGUGCCUACCAAAGGUGGCUCCACAUCAGGCCAAUCCACUGGUAAAUGUCCCCCGCUGAAAGAUACAGAGCGUCAGUUCCUCUAUGACAAUGAGGGAUGCCUGAAGUGCCACCGCCUUUUUGCUGGUCACAUCUCUCGUGACUGCCCUAAUGGUUUCCCAGAUCUGUCCACCUACAAGAUGAUCACACAGAAGUUCAUCAACAAGCUCAAAGGCCAGCACAAGCUGACGCGAACCACUGCAGCGGUCUCAGCUGCCACUGUCGAGUCGGAUGAGGAGCGCGAGAACUCCUUCUUGCACCCCGUAGUCACCGUCAUGAGCAGUUCCCGUAUGCUGAUCGUGGCUAUGCCCAACAACGAUUCCUCUAUACUGUCGGAGGAGGGCAACAGUGAGAGCUCUGUAAGCCCAUUACUGUCCGCUGUCACUCCAAUUACCAUGUGCACUGCAGUCCGUAGUCACCUGCCCACCCCAGUUGAUGCACCGUUUCGAGUGCCCUACCUGGUGUGGCAUUACACAGCAUCAGGCCCCGCACACUCCUUGCCCGUUACCUUCGAUGCACUUAUUGAUGAUGGCUCUCACACAGUCUUAAUCUGUGACGACUAUGUUGAUCACCUCCAACUUCGUCAUCGCCGUCUUCCCAUUCCGGAACUUAUCGAACUCGCAAUGGAAGGAAAUGGCCAGAAAACCGUUAUAGAGCUAUCAGAAUGGGUUCAUUUGUCAGUGUUUGAUCCGAUUUCAUCUUGGUCUGCAAAGUCUGUACGUGCACUUGUCGCCCCUGGUCUAUGUGUCCCUGUUAUCCUCAGUCUUCCUUUCCUUGUACACAACUGA